ACAACAAAAAACUUUGGCAGAAUAUAGAUACUGCAGCUUUAUCUGCAAUAGUUAUAUUAGAAACACUGUUUUUUUCAGAGUGAAUGCAGUGAGGAGUACCGAAUAAUACGGAAACAAGCGCAGAUUCAAUACUACAUAGUUGUUAAUAAAUUAGUAUUACAUCAAAUGAAAAUGGCAUGCAUUUACUGUACACUCGUCUUCAGCCACCUAAGGCGCUUUAUCCGUUUCAGUGUGCCUUAAAGACAGGUGCUAAAGCUGAAAAAGUACAACUCUGAACAGUUUUAGCGUCCAAAACAUAAUUUUGCACCUAUUAAUGAAAUUACGGUAAUGCGAAUCGCGUUCGUGUUCGGGACUAAACAGGAACUGCACAACCCUCUCGUUACUUCCCCAUUGAAUAAUAGUGCUGCUGCGUAUUGCGAUACUGAGGUACAAGAUCCACUGCCGGUAAAUAUAUUCACACAGCAACAACAGCACUUGAAAAAGGCUUGGGUGGAAAAGUGCAGUUCCAAAGGUGCAAAUGGGCGGGACUGUACGAGUAUGAAUUACCCGAAAGAAGUGAAUCAAUUUUAAGGUUGGAACUCCGGGUACGACCGUAUCAAGACGGAGAAUUGAUACUUCUUCCACUGUGUGUUGCAGACAUGGGGUACAUGACAGUAGAGUCUCACUCACACACCCGCAUCCACCUCAAGAGGCUGCCUGGCUUCCGGUCCUGGGCUCUGUUGGUUGGAAUCUCAUCUGUUGGUCUGUCAGCAGCCUAUUACAGCUCAGACAGCUGGAUGUGGAAGCUCUUCUACGUGGCUGGGUGCUGCUUUGUCGCUAUACAGAACCUGGAGGAGUGGGAGGAAGCCAUUUUUGAUAAGUCUAAAGGUCAAGUCAUUCUAAAAUCGUUUAACCUCUACACCAAAAUACUGACCAUGUGGAGGAAGGGACACGAGCAAGUGGUGGCCGAACUGAAUCACCUGAGGGACGUGAGUGUGGAGGAGGAGAAAGUGCGCUACCUGGGGAAAGGCUACCUGGUGGUCUUGCGAUUUGCCACUGGAUUCUCCCACCCGCUCACUCAGAGCGCCACCCUUGGCGGGAGGAGUGACGCAGAUGCUAUCGCUGAUCUGCUGAAGCGCUUUCUCGGGCUGGAUAAAGCACAGCAGUGGGAGAAAGUCUCUGACUCGGAUAGCAGCGACAGUGACCAAAUCGAACUCGAUGAAAACUAACCAGUUGAAGAAUCCUGGCGCCCCUCUGUUCCCAGGACAGGUAACCAGCGGUGAUGAGCUCUGUGCUGUGAAGCCUGACUGGGCCCUGGGCUUGACGAGACUGGCUGAUUUCACCAAAGAACUGGGAAUCUUGUCAUGCCACUGCAUGGCAGUGGGUUACCAAGGCUGGGAACACUCCCCAAUGUCAUGUCCUUAACUUGACAGAAAUCUGGCAAGCUUUGAAGUUUAACCUUAGCAUUGUCCAAUCCUUUUUAGGUUGCACGCAAACCUUCGCUGCUUAUCUGAUGAUAAGCAACUAUAGGUUGCCUUUUUUUAAGUGUGCAUUUUAAAUUUCUGUCUCUUUCCCUUAAUCUGUCUCUCUUUUCCCUUCUGUUGGACUAGCUAGAUCUUUAGUUUCUUACAUUUAAGGACAUGUAGAUAAAAACAGCACUGUAGAUUCCUGCUACCCAAUCCUGUGGUAUAGGUCACCUGGUUUGAUUUGCAGUAAGAGCAAUUGAGUAAAUCUGACCAACAGUAAAAGUGAUCUGGUACCAGAGAGUCAUAGCAACUUUAAUCUAUUGUGUUGUCUUUUAAAUAAUAAAAAAAAAAAAAUCGGAAUAUCUCACUUCAGCCAAGUAAAACAGAAAAGAACAGGACCGAGGGGAGAGCAUCAGUGAUAAUGUUAUUAACGCUAGUAAAAGCUAAGAUUGUGGAUGGAGAAACUGGGUGAAUGAAACCAGCUCCAUGAAUAUGUUGUAUGUAUCUCUGGCUAAAAAUAUAAAACUAUGAUAUAGAAGCAAAGCAAACAUUCAAGAUGCUAAAGGAAGACCAAACUAGACUAUUUAAUGCUUGCCCCGCAAAACCAAAGUAUGGAUGAAAUACAGGUACGCAGUGGGUCUGUGCUACAUUCCUGCUUGUCCAAUCCUUGUUCUGGUAGUAGGCUGGUCCUAUUGCCAGCGCCAAAUACUGCAGUAUGGCUACUGAUUUUAACACAUUGCUUUUGACCAAUCAGGAUGUAAAUAGUUGUACUUGUUCAAUUGUUUGUCGCAUCUUGUGUAAACACAAACACUCUUGUUUCAGAAGUGCCAACAUCAUCCUACAACUCUGCCUUCUUCCAUGUGGCCAAAACGUAUGUUUUGCUUAACAUAAUAAAAUGAUCUAAAACACUCAGACAUUCAAGGGUCAAUUUCAGCGUGACAGGACUAACAAAUCCCCAGUACCUGAACAAAAUUAGUCCCAAUUGCAGCAUACUAAUCCUAAAAUCCAGUUAAUUGGUUUAGCUGGUCUGAUCAAGCUAGUCUGAUCUAACAAAACACAAUGUAUUAGAAGGUAUGGUAAGGAAAGUACUGUAGAACAAGAAGGAAAACACUGUAAAAGUGUAAAUGCACAGUAUUAAUAUUGGAAAAGCAUUUGAAAGUAUAAUGUUACUGUGUAAAAUUACAAUGGUCAUUUUUACAGUGGCUUCAAGAUUGAAUUAGAAGUUCAAAAGGGUUAUGUAUAUUAAAAAUAUACAUUAUUCCGGGGUGAUGUAAUACAGACUUAAAGUACAUAAUCCAUAUUAAACAGAUUUGCAAGCAAAUAUUGAGAAAAAACUGAGAAAUCAGAGCAGGCAGCCUCUUCUCUUCACAGGACUAAUCCACGUAAUCCAGUUAAUAUGGGUCUUUUUUUGUGACCACAAAGGUCUGGUUUAGUAUACAGCAAUCGGUACUAAGCUUGAUCCAGUUUAACUGAUGAUCCCAAUGAGCUAACCAACCUUUGGUACGCUGCAAUUGGGGGUAGCAGUGGUACUGACGGUAGUCCAAGCAACUGGAUCAAACUCACUCAAUCCCCCUGUUGGGUGCAUCAAGUGGACUAAAUGUGACACGCUGCAAUUGACCCUCAAGUGUUUAGCUACAACAGAGUUUAAAGUGUGAUACAGUGUGUAAAACAAUAGCUUCUGCUGGUUAUUCACUGCUUGUUAUUGGCACUUUACUGUUUGUUGACUACAGUGAAGUCUGAAACAAGAGUGCUGGUGAUUAGAAUAGACCUAUAGCUAUCCUGCUAAAAACAUCAGUGGAUCAAGCUCAAUCAAUCACAGGAAUCCAUGUACAAUCAUGUUGUGAUAUUUAUAAAGUGGAUUACUGUUUUUUAAAAUAAAUAAAUAAAUAAUCUACACUAUAUAUAUGGAUAUAACAGACUGAGACACUAUUUUGGCAGUUCUCAUUAUUGCUGUUUUGUAUUUUAGACCAGUACAAUAUGUGCAGGUAAACUAAACUGAUCAGUACUUUUAAUCAGUCUGGUACUGCUUUCACUCUAAAUUGAAAAUGGCAUGAAUCCAUUCUCUGAAAUCCUGCAGAAUAUCAUUUGAGUCAUUGGCAACUAAAUAUUUAGUCUCUUUUACCUAAAUCUUGAGAAAUGCUGUUUGUUAAUUCUGAUCGUACUUGGUAGGGACAUUCCUUAAGUUCUUGAGGGUAUAAUCUUGGUCCGGGUGUUUCUUGAGACCAGAAUGCUUUCUGGCUAUAUCUUUCCUGGAUGUAAUGUAACUUUGCAUGGAUAUUACGUGAUGAUAUUCUGCAUGCUGUGGGUAUAGGACAUGGAUCAUGAUGCUGAUCAUGAUUAGACGCAUGUGUAAUAAAAUUACUGACAUGCUUGGUUUUAAAUGACACUAUGCUAUUUUGUGUGCUGUAGUUAUCUCUUCUGGCAUUGGAGUCAAGUCACUCGUAUUGAAAACAACAAGAUCAAUUCUGAUGCUGCGAGCCGAACACAGGUGGAUAGCGGAUUCUUUGACAACAAUCUAGAACAGUUUAUUGAAGACUGAUCUUGCUGAAAUACAAUUUAGUGGAAUCUCUUUGCCAUUGGAAUAAACACAGCACUCCAUGAAUGUUAACUGCUGAAGAAGCAUGCGUCACAAAGGGUCUGCAGCAACAGCAGCCCGAGCUGGGCUGAAAAAGUUGCUCUUACACAAAUCUUCCAAAUUCAAAUCCAUAUUUCUUUAUUUUGGUCACUGAAGUGUAGCCUGGCAACAAAUGUAUUGAUCAGAUCAAGUUUGGUACUAAAUUAUAUUUGUCAAAAGAGAAAAUUUAACUGCAUGUGUGUGUUUGUUGUUGCUGGUAUUAGUAUAUCAAAUAACAAUUAAAAACAAACAAAUAAAAGAGAAACAGAAAAUAGAUUUCACAGGAACCUACAUAGAGCCCCGUAUGGGAUAACACUGCUUCCCCCAUAGAUCUGUAAUGUGUCAUAUGAACAAUUUGCUGUUUGGCCGUGGUGAAGCACCUUACUUCUUGUUCAUGUUUAUCUUGCAAUGUUUAUUUUUAAAUAUUUCUUUCCAGCACUAUAAGUUAUUGCAAUAAGAGAGGGUGUCUUAAAUCACAGAUAAAAUACCUGUAAACAUUUUAUACAUCAUUUUUUAAAAAUAAAACUUAAAUACAAAA